GGGACCCUCAGCCUGCUCUCCCUCUGCGGCCUCCUCCUCUGUGCAGACCACAUUUUGCACUCACAACAAGCAAGAACCAUGGCCCAGCAGCAGCAGUAUAGCCUCCCAGCUAAGCUGAUCAAUGGAGGGAUUGCAGGACUAGUGGGAGUCACCUGUGUGUUCCCCAUCGACUUGGCCAAGACUCGGCUGCAGAACCAACGCAGCGGGCAGCAACUUUACAAGAACAUGAUGGAUUGCCUUAUAAAGACGGUUAAAUCUGAAGGCUACUUUGGCAUGUAUAGAGGUGCUGCAGUAAACCUCACCUUGGUAACCCCUGAGAAGGCCAUCAAACUGGCAGCUAAUGACUUCUUCCGCCACCAAUUAAGCAAAGACGGCGGCAGGUUGACUGUCUUUAAGGAAAUGUUGGCAGGAUGCUGUGCAGGCAUGUGUCAGGUCAUCAUCACUACCCCAAUGGAGAUGCUGAAGAUUCAGCUGCAGGACGCUGGCAGACUAGCGGCCCAGCAGAGGGUGAUACCCAGUGUGGCGACAACUCUGAAAAUGGGAGGGACCAGCGCUGUACUAAGUCGUUCCUACAACACCAGCCCCGGGGCUCAAGUCAUGCGUGUAUCGGCCACACAGAUCACCAGAGAGCUGCUGAAGACAAAAGGAGUCACAGGACUGUACAGGGGACUCGGAGCCACAUUGAUGAGGGACAUCCCAUUUUCUGUUGUGUACUUUCCACUUUUUGCGCAUCUACACCAGCUAGGCCAGCGUUCGUCUGAAGACUCAUCUGUGCCCUUCUAUUGGUCCUUCAUGUCCGGCUGCUUUGCUGGAUGCACUGCUGCUGUGGCCGUCAGUCCUUGUGAUGUGGUCAAGACAAGGCUACAAUCACUCAGAAAAGGUGCUAACGAAGAAACCUACAAUGGAGUGGUGGACUGUGUCAGAAAAAUCCUAAGAAAGGAGGGUCCUGGAGCAUUUCUCAAGGGUGCAAGUUGCCGCGCCCUGGUUAUUGCCCCGCUCUUUGGAAUUGCCCAGGUUAUGUACUUUGUUGGAGUUGGAGAGUUCCUGCUGGGUUAUACUCCCUAUAACAUCUACUCUGCAUAAAACACUGUUCCUAGUCUUUAAGUGGCCUCAUUAAAUGAAAGGCAGCUCUUUGUAACUGUGUACCUUCUUCAUUGAUGGAGGGUUUCAGACUUAGAGGCUGAUGAGACUGCAUAGUUACCAUUUAAAAGAAAAUGCUUUUAUUCAUUCAGCAUGACUAACACAACAUUGUUGUUAUUUUAGAGACUGAAAUGGAAACUUUCCUGUAUAUUUGAGUUUAUCUGAGAAAUAUUUUGCUUUCUUUACUAAGGGACUGAAGAUUUCUGUAUAGCCCCUAUCCCUAAAUGUGCACAUAUCAAUUACUCUUCAACACAACCCUAACUGCCCUAUCCCUUCCAAUGGCUCCAUUUGUUUAUCAUUGGCUGUUGGCUGUUGGUGUUGCGAAAAGAUAUUUUUGUACAAAGAGGGAUCUAACGAGAAAAGACAGAAACAUUACUUGAAAAGCUUAAAUCCUGUUACAAAGGGUUACAUGGGAAACUCUGAUGGGGACGUUGUUGUCUAUGUACAUAGUGUAUUUAUUUGUAAGUAUUUGAUGAACAGCGUUUAUCACAAGAUGGUUUUUAUAUUGGACAAGUUAUGAAAAACGGUUCAGGUGGUCAUAGCUUUUGAAUGGUAGAAACAAACUGACCUUCUGUCCUAAGGUGUACCACAGGGGUCCUGUUUUGUAUAACUUUCUUUUGCAAUUAGGGCAUUUAUGUGCUUCUGAAAUGGAUGCCUCCGUAUCUGCACUGCUUUAUAGUUGUUCACAAGUAUAUUGCUGACCAUUCUGGCUUUCUGGAGUGUUGAGGUUUAGGUGUUUAAAGCUUAUUAAGCUGAACAGCUCAGAAAUGGGGCACACAACUGCUAAGCUAUCCCACUGACAUUUUUUUAGGAGAGGAAAUGUUGCUUGUUGGUUAAAAACUGAACUGAUGAAAGUGGAAGAGACUGUAUUAACAGGUUUCUUGUGCUUUUGGGACCAAGUCUUCUCAAAAUGUGCAACAUGACUUAUAAGCAGUCCAUUUCUCCAAGUUGACUGUGGUUUGUAACGACAAAUGAGAAUUUCUUGACAGUUUAGGUGCACAGAAAUGCAUAUGACAGCAUUAUUUUAGACAUUUAGAAGCAUAGCAGAGUGGGAUUUUGGGCUGCACUCUCCUCUGGUUAAAUUUCAACGUCAUGGUCAUUUAAAUACCUUUAUCAAUGUAAAUAUUUAUUGUUUUUUUAUUUGCAUCAAACUGUGAAAGUUGCGAACACAAAUGGAAAUCAGUUUUGACAUCUGGAUGUGCUGAAGAAAUGAAGUUGAGAAGAAAAUUGUUUAUUUUUCAUGAAUUGAACGAUGCAUGUAAAUAUUUUA